AUGUUUAGACUUGAAUGUUGCAUUUUAAGUUCUCGCCUCCAUUUUUGUAAAUCUUUACUUUAUGGAAGAGAACGUCUUUUUUGUGUUCGUUUAAAUUAUUCCCAAUUGGCAGUAAACACUUCAAAUUCUGAAUCUGAUCCAAAUACUUCCAAUAAAAUUAUUCAAAAACGACCCAGUGCUCUUGAUUUACUUUUGAAAGCUUCCAAUUUAAAAGAAGAAUGGUCAGAAGAAGAAUUAAGGUUGAAGGAGAAGGCUGAACGUGAAAAUGCUUGGUUGGUUAGGAAUUUUGUUGGGAAAUUCUUAGGCGGGGGAUUUGAUCUAUUAUAA